AUGUUGGCUCAAGUCGUGACGGCUCAAGACAAUAGAGAAGUUGUAGCUCCGGUGAAUCCUAAUGUGAAUUCGGCUGCUUCUAGGGUUAGGGAUUUUGCUAGAAUGAACCCUCCAGAAUUUCAUGGCUCUAAAUUGGAAGAGGAUCCCCAAAGGUUUAUCAAUGAAGUUUAUAAAGUUCUUGCUAUUAUGGGAGUGUCUUCGCAAGAGAAGGCGGAGUUAGCCGCCUACCAACUAAAGGAUGUUUCUCAAGUAUGGUCUGAUGGACAAGGUCGACCAAGGUUCAGACAAAGGUUCUCCAAUAAAGGCUCCUCUAGUGCUCUAAGGUUCAACAAGGAUAGGGUUUCCAACCCUAAACCUCAAGAAGGUAAUAGUAGUGGUUCUUAUGUUGCUAGGCCUAAUUGUGCAAAAUGUGGAAGAAAACAUGAUGGCAAGUGUCUUGUUGGUACAGAUGGGUGUUUUAGUUGUGGGAAGGUUGGCCACAACAUGAGAGAUUGUCCAAUGCUCAAGGUUAAGGGAAGGGAAUAUAAACAAGCUCCUCCAAGCGGUUCAGACUCCAAUGCUCAAAAGCAAAACCGCUCCUAUGCUCUUCAAUCCCAAGGUGACCAAGAGAGCUCCCCGGAUGUUGUAACCGGUAUGUUAAAAGUCUUUUGCAAUGAUGUGUAUGCCUUGUUAGACCCCGGUGCUAAUUUGUCCUUUGUGACACCUUUUGUGGCCAUGAAGUUUGAAAUAUUCCCUGAUGUGUUAGUAGAACCUUUUUUGGUCUCUACCCCGGUUGGUGACUCGGUGGUGGCUAAAAGACAUGAAGAAGUAAAGAAGCCACUCUCAACACCCAUUACUGUUGCUAUUGCACAGCAAAUAAACAUGCAUCCUCACCGAGGGAACACCUCUAACAGGCGUUCAAAUGCAAAUUCCCCCAACACCAACCAGUCAAGGCGUGCUGGCAACAAUGACUAUCAGUAG